AGAUGCAGAACGUAACCAGUCCUGUAACAGAAUUCGUUCUCCUGGGUUUUAACAACAGUCUUAAGAUUCAGCAAUUCCUCUUCACAGUCUUCUGCCUUGUCUAUCUGAUGACCUGCUUGGAAAACAUCACCAUCCUCACCACUGUUAUCACUGACUACCACCUGCGCACACCGAUGUACUUCUUCCUGGCCAACUUAGCAUUCACAGAUAUUGCUGAAUCAUCAGUCACUACUCCCAUUCUGUUGUCAAGUCUCCUCUCCCAGCCCAGAUCUGUUCCACUCAAGGAGUGCAUGCUUCACAUGUUUUUGUUCCAUUUCAUUGGUGGUGCUCAUAUCUUUCUUCUUGCAGUGAUGGCAGCUGAUCGCUAUGUGGCUAUUGUUAAGCCCUUGCAGUACCUGACUGUAAUGAACCGUGCAGUGUGUUUAGGUCUAGUGGCAGGGUCAUGGGCAGGAGGAUUCAUUCACUCUGCAACACAGAUUACUCUGCUUCUCCCUUUACCUUAUUGUGGUCCUAACACUCUGGACAAUUUCCACUGUGAUGUCCCACAAGUACUGAAAGUGGCCUGCAUUGACACCUACCUGAUAGAGCUGCUGAUGGUCUCAAAUGGUGGCCUACUCCUCAUAAUAAUUUUUGUCUUGCUGCUUACUUCAUACACUGUCAUUUUAGUCAAGAUAAGGAGGCAGGUCACCAAAGGAAAGCACAAAGCUUUUUCUACCUGCAUAGCGCAGAUAAUGGCAAUAGGUAUAACAUUCAUUCCAGGGAUAUUCAUCUAUGCUCGGCCCUUCAAGACAUUUGCACUGGACAAAGUGGUCUCCAUCUUCUUCACUGUGGUUGUUCCAGUGCUGAAUCCCAUGGUCUACACCCUGAGAAAUACUGAAAUGAAAAAGGCCAUCAGGAGACUUAUUUCGAGGGUUCUGUUCUCAGAAGGAACGGGAAUAGCUUAACUCCCUGCAAAAUGGUCAUCUUUUUGCUUUGUAACUCGUGUAACUUAUCAUUAUUGAAAUAUCUGAACUUCCAGCAAAGACAAUUGCAGAAGAGAAAUUCUUUCUGGAGAAGUGUCGGAGGAAACUUGGAUCCCUUUACGUUAUGUGCAGUUCCCAUCUAUACAGUCUGUAGAGUCCAGAGCAAGUUACACCACGUUAACACUAAAUCACGUUGUUUCCAGGAGUAGAGGGAUCCUGCUGGCUUUUUACCAUCAUCAUUCCUGUUACCAUCUCUAAUGCUGAGUGACUUGUCUCUUUUGAAACCAGGAAUUCCUUAUCUAUGUCAUUCAGUCAUAACUGUAUCCCAAUACAACCAACUUGGGCCUAAUCCUGCAACAUUAAAACCACAGUUUCCAUAUUGAGAUCAAGCAAAAGAAACCUUCCCUAUCAAUAUGGUUAUGCUGAUC